AUGAUAAUAAAUCUGCAUCUUCCAUCAAUGAACAGACAACUUGAAGACAUGAUCAGACAAGCUGAAGCUAUCAAAAAUAUAAGUUCAAUCGAGAUACCUCUUAAGCCAUUGUUGCACAAUAACCUCUUAAAUUUUGAGCCAAAUAAGAAGUUGGAUAAUCAAUGGAAGCCUAACAAGUUCAAGAAAACAAGAAAAGAAAAAAAGAAAAAAGAAGCAAAACUGUAUCAAUAUCCUGUGCAAAACCAAAAAGAGGAAAUAGUUUUGAAACUGUCUCAACAACAUAUUGACUUAAUUCAUAAUAAACAAGAUAGAGUAAUAUGCGAUGACAUAAAAACUAAAAAGCACAUAUUGCUUGAAUAUUUUUUUAGACAUGGCCCCCAUCAACUUUCUUUUAGUUCCCUUUUGACACUAGAAAACAUUAUACCAUCUGACAUUUUGCUAAAAUUACAAAACAGUUCUCCGCAUUUUCAGAAAGGCUGGCUUCAAGAUGAAGUUAUUGGAGGUUUUCUGCAUUGCUUAGAAAUGAAGUAUCCUUCAAUGAAAUAUUUAGGGCCAACUGAAGCAUUAGCUAUAAGCUAUUCAAAGAGUUUAAAACUUUUAUGGAAAGAUGUUGAUAUGAAGAUUAUAAAACAGGUCUUUAUUCCUUUUAAUCCAACUAAUUCUCAUUGGAUUUUAAUACAUCUAAAAGUAAAAACAGAAGAGGUUACUAUACUUGAUCCACUUCAUUGUAAUAAUAUGCCUAACAAUUCAUCAUACAAUAAAUGCAUUUUAGUUGCUAAAAACCUUUUUAAACAAAAAUUUAACAUUUUAAAUGCAAAAGUCAUUUCAGCCCCAAGUCAUUGUUUACAGAAGGAUAGUUAUAACUGUGGCGUUUAUGUAUGCUAUUAUGCAUUACAACUUUGCGAAGAAAAAAAUCUUAAUGAUCCAUUUGAUGAAGUAGAUUUUCGAAAAUAUAUUUAUGAGACUUUAUGCGGUAGUUGCUUAAAGAACCUUGAAAGUGGUUUUGAAAGUUUGUACAAUAUUUGCAGGAUUUUGUUAGCAAUAUAA